UUCUUAUAAACAGAUAUAAAGAAGACAGCCUUGAAAAUUCUUGUUAUUAUGAUUAGUCUUUACAGAUCCUGCAACCAUAAGUAAAUCAGCUGACAAAGUGGUCUGCAAAUAAACACGGCUUAAAAUUUUAGAAACUGAAACCUUACUCCUAUAUCUUAAACUAUCAUUUAAUCUCCAUAGCAGCGUACUAAAUCAAUAAUAUGACACUGUCUGAAAGGAAAGUAGGACAAUACAAAGAGGUUGAUAAGGAAGUCUCGUUGGUGAGAAUGUAAAACUAAUGAGGCAUACGAAGUAUUUAGGUGAAGCUUAUAAAGACUGUCUCAUGUAAAUGGUUUUUAAGAAGAAUUUGGCACUGGAGAAGCAAUCGAUUCAACAUUCUGAGUAAAAGAAUGAUAAUGAAGAAGUUGAUAUUUCUGUUUGCUAUACUAGCACAUUUGGAGUUAGCGUUUUCUUACAAAACAAAGAACAAAGCAAUGUUAAAAAAACUGGCGCAUGAAAUAGCCGGCAACGAUGCUGAAUCUUUUGCAACUAACCAAGAUGCAAAAGAUUUCACAGAGAACGAAUUUAACGAAAUAGAUGAUAUUUCUGUUGAUGUUCCGGAAGAUAAACAAGAGAUCGAAAUUAUGAAUGAGGAGAUAAAGAAUGAACCAUUAUUUUUUGGAAGACGAAGACGGAGACGAUCGUCCCGGAGAAGAAGAAGUUGGUGGACAAGAAGGAGACGUUGCUCUCAUGCUUUAACAAGACGAAGAACUGGAAGGUGUCACAAGGAUAAGACUAAUGGCUGUGGCGGAAAAGGAUCGAAACUUCGUUUUCCGUACCAAAAAACUUUUAAAGAAUCUUGUAACAAACAUGACAUAUGUUAUUAUUGCGGACAAGCACGAGGUUGGACGAGAAGUUCAUGUGAUAAAAGCAUGUACAACGGCUUUAAAAAAAUAUGUAGUUGCAAAUACAAAGACUGGAAAGCGGCUGGAAAAAUACCCUGUAACGCCGCUGCAUGGGUCAUGUACAAAGCGGUGAGAAUAUUCGGAAGCAAGUACUAUCAAAAGAAAAGUCCUUCUUGGUGUCACGAUUCAUGCGUUGUUGGCACAGGAAGUCCAAAGCUUCCACUAAAAUGAUUUAUAGUUUUAUUUUCUGUGUAAAACCUUUUGUGAAAGUAUGUAUUUGGUUUAAAUAAAUUUGCCAAAGCACUGAUGGUACACUGAU